UAAGAAGAAGAGAACGACGCAACCAACCACCAACGGAUUGCUGGUGCUGCAUAUUUCUCCCUCUCUUCUCUUGCUGGCCUUAACAAGCAGUGCUUGAGCUCGUCCGUUGUCCAAAUCUUUGAGGGGUACGCAGACAGUGCUGACAAGUUUGUAGCGGACGUGGAGUCCGCCUGCCCAUUCCGCCGCGACACCUUCUUCCCCUACCCAUUUGUCAGGAAACUUCUUGAAGGGAAAUAUCUCAGCUAUGAGAGGGUGAAAGGAAUUUGGUUCCGAUUGAUGGCUCCAACCGGGACAAAAGCCCCCCUCCCUCCCCCGCUGGCCCGGCUAGCCGUUGGACCCGAGACUAAAGCACUCUUUGAUCGCGGGUCUAAAGACAGCCGGGACAAAUGACUUGGACCAAAAAACUAUUCUGUAGUAGUGUUUCGCCCUCCUUGCUAGUAGAGUUGUCCACUUCUAUAUAAUUAAGCAGCUCAGCUCGUCCGGUAAGAAGAAGAGAACGACGCAACCAACCACCACACACCUCCUCCUUCCUUCUCUGGAUAUCAUUCACACCACCUCGCUCCCCUUCAUCCCAUCAUCACCUGCCUACCUUAGGUGUUGUCUGAUCACCAUCAGUUGGUGGGUGUGAUUAUUCGCAGGACGCACGCUGCAAUAAUAAAACUGAGAUCAUGUACCUUGUUUUGCCUGUCCGGCAGAUCAGCUUGUGACCACUGUCCUCUCUAAUGGGGGAAAUGGUGGCUUCGGCUCUUGCUCAGGAGGGCGUGAGCAGGGUGUCCUCGUUCAUCUCAACCAAGCUCGAUGACAGGGCGUCCGGAUCUCACAACGUCGCGAGGCUGGAGAUGGCACUCUCUCGCUUGGAGUUUGUCCUUGAGUGGGCCAGGAAGCGGCCAAUCACAUACGUCUCCCUCAUCCGUCGCUGGGGCAUGUUCAGUCGCGCCUACAACGAGGGAGUUGAUCUGCUCAACAAGCACAAGCUGCCAGCAGCGCUCGAAGGCCACGCAGAAACAGGGCAAGUGGUGGUAAGGAGUUCCUACUACUACCUCCAACGGAUUGCUGGUGCUGCAUAUUUCCCCUUCUCUUCUCUUGCUGGCCUGAAAAGGCAGUGCUUGAGCUCGUCCGUUGUCCAAAUCUUUGAGGGGUACGCAGACAGUGCUGACAAGUUUGUAGCGGACGUGGAGUCCGCCUGCCCACUCCGGCGCGAUACCUUCUUCCCCUACCCAUUUCUCAGGAAGCUUCUUGAAGGGAAAUAUCUCAGGUACUAUAGGUGGGUGAAAGGCCAACUGCUCUGGUUUGAUAUAUAUCCUGUGGUUUGGGAAGGGCGUGGCGUGGAGGCAUGUCUAUGGUAUGAGUGUUUCGAUCCCGAGAGGUUAGAUAAAAGUUUCAGCCUUGCCUUAAUGCUACGGCUGUCGGAAAGCACGGACAUAGUUGGGACUGCUAUAGAUUGCGUGCGGUCAUCCGCAUCACUGCUCAACCUUCCAGCUCAAGAAGCAAUAAUUGGACAUCUCACCCAAGUGCGUAAUUUACAGGAGAUUUCAGAUUCGUAUGCUCCUCCCUCUGUUAGCUUUGAAAAAACUUUCGCUUCGCUUAGUACAGUCUUGCGCCCGGAUCCACUAUGUUGCCAACCAAAUGGGCAUGGGCCUAGUGCUAACUAUUCAUUGGGGUUAUCGCAUUUAUUCCAAGAGCAAACUAUUCAUUUCAGUUUCAGUUGUUAUGUCUCAGCACUAGAGUACAACUUGCCUCGCGCAUCCGACGAGGCUGGUGGUAGAAACAUCGUGGUAGAUCUGACACCUCUUAAGCUGGAUGUUGGCUUCACACCUCAUGUCGACCCGAUAUGCAACAGUUGUGUAACGGAGGCCAUCGGAAGCAAAAGAGAAUGGUUUCCAUUAGGUACCAUAGAACAAACAGUUGAUAUGACAAGAUCAAGAUCAGUUGAAUUUCUCAUCCGUCAGCCUGAGGUGAAGGAUUAUAGGGUGUACUGGAUCUCUAGACAUGGUACUGCAUGCUUUAGGAUGGAAAAGCAAAGGAUCGCCAAGGCAGCCGUGCCCAAAGCCAGCGGCAGGUACAAUACCCGGAGUGCAGCUGCAAAGAGAAAGCGGUCGUAGAAGACUUGGUCUUGUCAACUAGUACCUAGCAUAUAUAUCGUGUGUUUCUUUUACUGAAUGUAACGAGCAGGUGCUCUGCUGCUGUUUGUGAAAUGAAGAAAUGUAUUAUUUUUGCAUUACUUUUUCUUGUGCGAAGUACUGCAUUAUAUU